AGCAUGCAGUUACCUGGCACCAUGCUUGGAAUCCUCUUUGCUGUGCUGACUCUGGCAGCUGCAGCCCUUGGCUGCGGGGUUCCUGCCUACCCACCUGCUGUGUCUCGAGUUGUUGGAGGGGAAGAUGCAAGACCAUACAGCUGGCCCUGGCAGGCCUCUCUUCAAUAUCAAUCAAGUGGUAAAUGGUAUCACACCUGUGGAGGAACCCUCAUUGCAACCAACUGGGUGUUGACAGCUGCACACUGCAUCAGUUCUACCAGGAAAUAUCGAGUGCUUCUUGGAAAAUACAACCUAGAAGCUGAGGAGCAAGGAUCUGUCACAGCCUCCACAGAAAAAAUCAUUGUCCAUGAGAAAUGGAAUCGGUUCAGCGUUGCAAGUGGGUAUGACAUUGCUUUGAUCAAACUCACCGAACACGUUGAACUGAGUGACAAAAUCAAGCUGGCCUGCCUCCCUCCUGCAGAAAGCAUCCUGUCAUCCAACACUGCCUGCUACGUGACGGGAUGGGGAAGACUGCAGACAAAUGGAGCUCUCCCAGAUGAACUGCAGCAAGGCCUGUUGCUGGUAGUAGAUUAUGCAACUUGUUCCAAGACCAACUGGUGGGGAAGCACGGUGAAAACCAACAUGGUGUGCGCUGGUGGAGAUGGAAUCACCUCCAGUUGUAACGGGGACUCUGGUGGUCCACUGAACUGUCAAAAUGCAGAUGGUGCAUGGGAAGUGCAUGGUAUUGUCAGCUUUGGCUCUUCUCUUGGCUGCAACUAUUAUCAGAAGCCUUCUGUCUUCACCCGGGUCUCUGCUUUCGACAGCUGGAUCAAGAAGGUUAUAGAAAACAACUAAUCUAGAGAGACCUGCGUGACAGAUGAGAACAGUGCCAAGAACAACAGUUUGAAUGAAGUCAUAAUCAUGACACCUUUGAUCACUGAUAGCUGGGAAAUUAUGCUUUUAACUGCAAUAAACACUGUUUUUUGCAACAUGAAA